AUGGCCGUUCCGCAAAGCUGCACUGUGCUGGUCAUUGGAGGAGGCCCCGCUGGUUCAUAUGCAGCAGCCGCUUUGGCUCGCGAGGGGAUCGAGACUGUAUUACUGGAGGCAGAUAAAUUCCCUCGGUAUCAUAUCGGCGAAAGCACUCUUCCCUCCCUGCGCCACUUCUUUAAGUUCAUAGACUUUUACGAUACCUUCGAUGCCCAUGGAUUCUACCACAAGAACGGUGCAGUUUUCCGACUCGCUCAAGCUCAGCCCGAUGCCUACACCGACUUUCUUGAGGCAGGCGGUCCUAAUGCAUAUGCCUGGAACUUGAUCCGAUCCGAAUCCGACGACCUGCUCUUCAGACACGCCGGGACUUGUGGCGCUCACAUUUUUGACGAAACCAAGGUCGACGCAAUCCAAUUUGAGUCAGACACCAAUGAAACAAGCCCAGACGGGGUAUUGAAUCCGGGUCGACCUGUGUCUGUCACGUGGGUCCGGAAAGACGGCUCUUCUGGAUCCACCAGCUUGAAGUACCUUGUGGAUGCUAGCGGCAGGCAUGGCAUACUGAGCACGAAAUACCUGAAGAACCGGAAGUUCAAUGAGAAUUUCAAGAAUGUUGCUAACUGGGCUUACUGGAAGAGUGACAAUGUUUAUGGUCCUGGGACGCACAUGGAAGGUUCGCCGUACUUUGAGGCAUUGGACGACGCCAGCGGCUGGGCUUGGUUCAUGCCACUACACGAUGGCACUCGCUCCGUGGGAAUUGUUCAAGACCAGAAACUUGCGACUGAAAAGAAGCGAGAGCUGGGACGUCCCUCAACCCUAGACUUCUACAAGAAAUGCCUCGGAAUGGCACCCAGGACUAAGGAACUCCUCUCGGAGGCAGAAGUAGUCACCGACGUCAAAUCGGCCUCGGACUGGUCCUAUACCGCGUCAGCUUAUCACUUACCAAAUGCACGCAUCUGCGGAGACGCCGGCAGUUUCAUUGACCCCUUGUUCUCCUCGGGUGUCCAUCUCGCCGUGACAGGCGGUCUCUCAGCGGCAGCUACUAUUGCAGCCUCGAUCAGGGGCGACUGUGAUGAGCAGACUGCGGGCUCGUGGCACUCCAAGAAGACGGUUGAAAGCUAUACUCGAUUCUUCUUGGCGGUGAGCAGUGCUACAAAGCAGAUUCGUGAACAGUAUGAGCCUAUUAUCCAGGACAUGGACGAGGAAGGGUUCCAAAGAGCCUUUGAUCUUUUCAGACCUAUCAUUCAAGGUACCGUUGAUGCCGAUACCACAAGCAAAAUGUCCCAAUCCGAAAUUUCCAAGGCACUCGAAUUCUGCUUCAGGGCAUUCACAUAUGUCCCGCCGGAACUGAAAGACGCACUGCUCGAGAAACUCAAGAAACUUGGCGCCAAAUCCGGACAAAACGACGCGACAGCGGCAAAGGAACUUGACGAUAUACAAAAACAUCUUACGGCGGACGAGCUGCAGGUUCUAGAGAUACUACGAAGUAGGCGUAUGAUUCGUGAAGACCCCUUCGAGAUGGAUAGCUUCACGCUCGACACUAUCGACGGACUGGCGCCGAACUUAGUACAUGGUAAACUGGGGCUUGUUAAAUCUGAGCAGGCCAAAAUUGAUAGAGCUCACUUUUAUUCGCCGAAAUUUUUGGAUGGUAAGGGUCCGGAGAUUAGGGAGGGAAGCGUUUAUCUGCCCACGUCGAAGGUUCAACUUGCUUGA